UACACCUUUGGUACUCGUUGAGACCAUGGGAGCAGCGUUGGCAAGAGCAGCUCAGUGGACUGCUGCUGGUUCUGGAACUGGCACACUUGAAAUCACCCCUUUGAAUGAAUCUCUUUUAAAUCAAAUUAUUAAGUUUGUGGAGGACUUCAGCACUAGACAUCCUCAGGAAGCAGCAUUUGUCUUCAGAGAGCCCCUUGAGUGGAAAACAGAAUUGGGCUGUUCAGUAUUUGGAGAGGGUUAUGAGAUCAGUGCAGCAACUGUUCAGUCUGAAGCCAAAGAUAAAGAUGGCCAACCAUUGCUUCUCCUCACAGCAUCAACUCUCAGAGUUCGCAGUUUUGACCAGCUGUCCCGUUUGCUACAAAUUGCUAUGGAAAAAAAGUUACAGGAAGUACAGACAUGCCUCGAAGCUAACAGAGAUCCUAUAGUGAAAAUUCUUGGCCCUGAAUAUGGGACUGUUGAAGGAGAAGAUAUGUCCAUGUUGCAUUUACUUGACAAAGUGGAAAAAGAUGAUGACCCUGAAACAGAGAUGAAAAUGCAAAUCUCUCUUCGUCUUCAUCAGCUGGAUUUUCAGCUGCUUAAUAGUUCUUUGAAACACAUUUCACAAGACAUAAGACUAAAUCCAGCUGCUAUAAAUAGUGAAGUGAAUCUUCUUAAGAAUUUCUCUGGGAAAGGAGAAGAUACAGUACUGGAAUCACUGGAAUAUACAUCAGAUUACAUGUUCUCUAAUGGAUGCCGAGCUCCUCCCUGGAGACAAGUGCAUGGAGAAAUUUGUUACUUAGUCAUCAAACCACAUGACACUGAUCCUUUGUAUAUCACUUGCAGCACAGCAGGAGUGUUUUUAAAUGGAGGUCAGCUAAAGGGUAAAAAUGACAUUGACUAUGAAAGAAAAAGUGAUGUAUAUAAAGAUAUUGCCACAUUUUUAAGGGAGAGAUCGCCUAGAUUUGUAGAAAAUAUGGCUAAACAGGAACCAACCUUUUAUUUAGAACCAACAUACGAGAAGGAUUAUCAGCACAUGGAAGUAGUUGAUGCUAAGGUCUCUGGCCAAUCCGAGAACCUUUAUGAUUUUACAGAAAAGAAUGUAUGUGAGAAAGUGAAGCGUUCUGCAGCAAUAAGGAGAUCCAUUGACAAGAAAAAAUUAGAAUCAUCUAUGAAUAAAACAUCAAGCAGGUUUGAAGAUGUUAGUGAAACUUCCUCAGAGACUGAGGAAGAUGAAGAACAGCCUGUACGUCAUCAGGAAGCAAACACCGAUUUGCCAUCAGAAUACUGGGGGAUUCAGAAACUUGCGAAAUAUUUAAAGGGAGGUAAUCCAACAGCUACUGUAAUUGCAUUGUGUUCAAUGAGAGAUUUCAAUUUGGCUCAAGAAACUUGUCAGCUGGCCAUCAGAGACAUUGGAUGUCUUGAAGUGUUAGUUAAUUUACUCGAUACAGAAGAAAUUAAAUGUCAGAUUGGUUCAUUAAAAGUCCUGAGGGAAAUUAGUCAAAAUACACUGAUCAGACAUGCGAUUGCAGAUCUUGGGGGCUUACAGAUCAUGGUGAAAAUAUUGGACUCUCCAGAUAAAGAUUUAAAAUGUUUGGCAGCUGAAACAAUUGCUAAUGUUGCUAGAUUUGGACAAGCACGAAGGACAGUAAGGCGGCAUGGAGGUAUCAAGAGAUUGGUUGGGCUGUUGGAAUAUGUUUCAGUGGGAUCAACCAGUUUAACACCAUACCAAACAAAAGAUACUGAAAUAGCACGCUGUGGGGCUUUGGCACUCUGGAGCUGCAGCAAAAGCACCAAAAAUAAAGAAGCAAUCCGUAAAGCUGGUGGCAUUCCGUUAUUAGCCAGAUGGCUGAAAUGUUCACAUGCAAACAUGUUAACCCCAGUAGUGGGGACACUACAAGAAUGUGCCUCAGAGCCAAGUUACAGACUUGCAAUAAGAACAGAAGGAAUGAUUGAGAACCUUGUGAAAAAUCUGAGUAGUGAACAUGAGGAGCUUCAGAUGCAUUGUGCAAGUGCCAUAUUUAAGUGUGCAGAAGAUAAAGAAACACGGGACCUGGUUAGACAGCAUGGAGGUCUACAACCACUAUCUGUUCUGCUUGGUAACUCUGAAAACAAACAACUUUUAGCAGCUGUGACAGGAGCAAUCUGGAAAUGUGCAAUCAGUGGAGAAAAUGUGUCAAAAUUUCGGGAAUAUAAAGCCAUAGAAGCUUUGGUAGGACUGCUUCCUGAUCAGCCUGAAGAAGUCCUUGUAAAUAUUGUUGGAGCACUGGGAGAAUGUUGCCAAGAGCCAGUAAAUCGAACUAUUAUCCGCAAAUGUGGUGGAAUACCGCAUCUGGUGAAGUUACUUACUGGAACUGAUCAGACACUGCUUGUGAAUGUCACCAAAGCAGUGGGAGCUUGUGCAACAGAACCUGAAAAUAUGAUGGUAAUUGACCGUCUAGAUGGAGUUCGUUUGUUAUGGUCAUUGUUGAAAAGUCCUAAUCCAGAUAUUCAAGCAAGUGCUGCUUGGGCUAUUUGUCCUUGCAUUGAAAAUGCUAAGGAUGCUGGGGAAAUGGUUCGAUCCUUUGUUGGUGGCUUGGAACUGAUAGUCAAUUUGCUAAAAUCAAAGAAUAAAGAAGUGUUAGCAAGUGUAUGUGCAGCCAUUACAAAUAUAGCUAAAGAUGAAGAAAAUUUAGCUGUUAUAACAGACCAUGGCGUUGUCCCUCUGUUGUCCAAACUAGCAAACACAAACAACAACAAAUUAAGACGUCACUUAGCAGAGGCCAUUUCCCAGUGUUGCAUGUGGGGGAGCAAUACAGUUACCUUUGGAGAGACGAAGGCUGUAGCUCCUUUAGUACGUUACUUGAAGUCAAAUGAUCCUUCAGUUCAUAGAGCUACAGCUCAGGCUUUAUAUCAACUUUCAGAGGAUCCCAACAACUGUAUCACCAUGCAUGAAAAUGGAGUGGUGAAGCUCCUACUGGCUAUGGUAGGCUCUACAGAUGAAACUCUGCAGGAGGCAGCAGCUGGUUGCAUAGCAAACAUUCGCAGAUUGGCUCUAGCAACAGAAAAAGCAAAGUAUGGCUGA